CUGCUGUCUGUGUUCAUGCUGAGUUUCUUCUUGCUGUAUUUGUCCCCAGGCCGUCUGUUCCUACGAUUCUCUCAUCUUGAGGCUGAAGGGAAAGUGGAGCCAGAGUUAUUCUGCCAGCUAGGCCACUUCAACCUCCUCCUGGAGGAGUACGCUAAAGCAUUAUCAGCAUACCAGAGGUACUACAGCUUACAGUCCGACUACUGGAAGAAUGCUGCCUUCCUAUAUGGCCUGGGCAUGGUCUACUUCCAUUACAACGCCUUUCAGUGGGCAAUUAAAGCUUUCCAGGAGGUGCUCUACAUCGACCCCAGUUUCACGAGCCAAGGAGAUCCACCUGCGACUCGGCCUCAUGUUUAAGGUCAACCGACUACGAGUCAAGCCUAAAGCAUUUCCAGCUGGCUUUGAUUGACUCCAACCCUGCACUUUGUCCAAAGCGGAAAGUAAGUAGUGUGAAUAAAGCUAAUUCGGUAAUGCAAGUUUCAUUUUUUAAAUAUGCAUGUUUAAACACAUGUUGAUGUUCAUUUGAGAUUUAACUACAGAAAUGUACUGGACAAAUUGGCCAACUAUGUUGAUUGAGAGUAGGGAUGGCCAUGCGUAAGGGAC